GGGUCUUGGGAUUCUGGUUCGAACGACAGAAGGCAUAGUGAGUUUGGCUGUUUCCAAGAUACUCGGGUCUGUCCUUGGGUGGAAAGAUCAUGCCCCCGAAACCUGCUGCAGAUGCCCCACCUGCCGCAGACGCCCCACCUGCCACAGACGCCCCACCUGCCGCAGGCGCCCCACCUGCCGCAGGCGCCCCACCUGCCGCAGACGCCCCACAAGCCCCAGGCGCGCCACCUGCCCCAGGCGCCCCACCUGCUCCAGGCGCGCCACCCGCGCAGCCAGAGGAGCAAGAGCCUAAACAGACAGAAGAAGAACUGGCGUUUUAUGCCCCGAGUUACGUGUGUAUGACCGUCCUGGCUGUAAUUCUUUUCCCUCCCCUCGGAUUACCAGCUAUCUUCUUCUCUUACAAGACCGCGCAGGCCAACAAGAACAGCGAGUGGGAAGAGGCUUACGUCAACUCAGGCAGAACUGGUUGGCUGGAUGUAUUCGCCAUACUCAUUGGUUUAGGCAUCAUUUAUUACUACGCCCUAAUGGUAUGAAGGCCAGGCCCAGUAGUCUACAGGUCCACCCCUCAACAGGACCCACUCACCAAGACACUAACCAGCCAAAUCAGCCACCAUGCAAGAAUCCAAGAGCUGAGACAUCUGCUAUCCAGGAAACCCACCAGCCAAGGAACUCAACAUCCAACAACCGAAUAGCCCAGGAACACCAUACUACUCCAUCCUUUCAGCCUCCAUGAAGAGCUGUCUUCAUCCACCUUGGAGGUCCUCACUUUCACACCAUAGAUGCCCUUAACUCCUUGAUACUGGGCUGCUUUUUCAGAAAAAUAUUUAUUUAAACCAAUAAAAUUGAAGGGAAUGUCCUGGCUUUUCA